UUCACCCUUAGAUCGAAAUUCAAUGGCUGUUAAACCAGUCGGACAUAAACUGGGUAAAGAAAUGAAGGGGUUAUAAAUUACAGUUAUAAAAUACCACCGCUGGCGUCUAUAAUGGAUUGUUUUAUUACAUUUGUCAUUUGCAGCUUUAUGAAAAGAAUUCCUACACCGCGGAAACGUAUGUAAACCAUCAGACAUAGAUUUAUGGAGGAUUUUUUUUUUUAAAUCAAGAACAAUUAUGUGUUACAACAUUGUGAGUGAAUGGAUUUUCUAACAGUGUUCUUCACUGCUCUGGUCACCUUGGAUACCGUCAUCUCCCUAACAACCUACAACGCGAGCGCGUGCUUUGGUAGCGACGGUAGUUCGUGUAAUACACUGGUACUGGAUCAGUGUAAGGACGAUGAACGAAUAUAUGUCAGUGACCAGAAGUAUGGGGUCAAGGUUGAGACAUGUAACAACAAAAACAAAUGUCUUACGCCAGGCUCGGGAUGCUGCGCAUACAAAGCGGGCGAUUGUAUGGAGAGCCUCACACAACUGCACUCCUAUGACCUGUAUCGAACUUGUUCCGGCCAGUCAACGUGUAAAACGCAAGUAGGACGGCAAAGCAACAUUGGAUGCAAUGGCGGCUUUUCCGUAUCUACAUACGCGACAAUUUCAUACUCGUGCAUUACAGAAAGCAUUGACUUUUGCAAACCCUCCUUGACCUCUGGCGAAUCGGUAAACAUAAUAUUCGACAAACGAACAUCGUUAUUUACUGCGGCCUCGUAUUGCUCUUGUAACAUCUCCUCCAGCCAAGCCUUGGUCGUCAAAUAUGUCGACAUUAGGAUGGCAACGUCCCAUACAGAGGUCUCAAGGACAGAAUGCGCCUCGGCAUGGUUUGAGAGUGCACCGCCGUUCACAUUGCCAAAGUCAUGUGACCCAGGUGUAAAUGAUGAUAUGAAUUUCGUGUACCAGACUAAUGUGACUACAGGAUUCAAGACCGUACGUUUGGGGUUAAAUGGGUUGUACAUUAAAGGAGCCAAUGACUCGCCUUCGUUUGUUUGGAUUGUAGUUACUGCAAUCAACAACGCAAACGUUGACGUGAAAUGCGCAAAAAGUGCGUUUGAUCCAACGUUGACAUCACCAGCUAUAAUCCCCACCACUCCAACGACCAUCACUCAAUCAAAUAUAUCGCUACCCAAUUCUACGAAUAAAGAAGAUGGCGGGUCAUCGAAUGGUGCCAUUAUCGGCGGAGUCGUUUCAGCAGUUAUUGUUUUAAUGAUUAUCGCUGGCGUAUUAUUCUACGUCCUGGUAUACAAAAGGCGAGGGUGCCCUAUAAAGCGUAUAAAACUACGAAGAGGAGCACCCGAUGUGGCUGUUACAAAUAUGAGUUACAAGUCACAUGGCGAGGAAUACGCUGAAAUCGGAUUUGUUCCUGACAUUUCUCCAGUAGAAAAUCCUAGUUAUCAGGAACGUGUCACGGGUACUACUGCACUUUCUACGGAAACAAACUUAAAUGAUUAUUUGGAUAAAAUGACCAGCAACGGACAUACAUAUCAAAAUACAGGUGGCGUUCAGAAGAGUGCAAACGCAAUAAUCUUGCCACAAAAGUCACCAAGACCGCCAGGGACGUUAGCUAAAAUACGACAGCAAACCAGUAGAUUUGUGGCAUUGUUCAAAAAGCCUACUGAUAAUCAAUUGAAAGUGUCGUCUCAUCCUAGAAUAAGUGAUGUUUCAACAGGAUCAUAUGACCACAUACGAGCUUUUAAUAAGGUCGAUAUUUCAUUGCCUAUUGCGAACCAAAGUCAUAUGUACUCACAUACAAAUACUCAGCAAACAUUUGACUUAAACCGCCCAGUCGAAGUUGAUUCAAAAUCUGCUGUUGCAAUUCCAGUCGAAACGAAACAAAAGGAAAUUGAAAGGGAAUUAAGUGCUGUACAUGUUGGGGAUCAGUAUAUUGAGUUCACAUUUGAUUCCGUUGCGGAUGACAAGAAAGUUCACUUUACCAUGGGCAGUGAAAUACCAAGAAUCGAUGGACCAAAAAGACAACCACCAUCACCACACACUUCUCCAAACUUUAUAAUUAAUUCUCAAACUGUUGAAACGCCUAAAUAUUCUAUGCAAAAACCUGUUAAAGAUAAGGACGUAAGAAUGUUUGACAAAGGCGUUGUAAAAGGCGGUGAAAUUGAAGAAAAUCAAGAAAAUGGUGAUCCACCAGCAUACGACUAUGCUGACACAAAUGAAACGGACAAAGCGAAUGAAAUUGUAGACGAACCAGGUGCGGUUUACGAAGAUGUUGAUGCAGACAAUCAAUUAGAAAAAGACGAAGACAAACGAUACAUGCGACAAGACUCCCAAGGAUACCUAGCGCCGGUAUCAAGACACAGUGACGUGUCUUCAGAUACAAAACACAUGUAUGUGAAUCGACUGAGUGAUUCAAAUUUGAUGGGAAGUAACGGUGGUACAAGUAAAGCAAAUGGUAUUGAUUUCAAUGAAUUACAAAGUAAACUGCUCGCUGGUAAGAAAGAUAGCAACAAUGCUAAUCCAGCUGAUAGUGUUAUCAAAGACAAAGCGCAAAAGUCCCAUAAACUUUACGCAAAGGGAAAUGAAGUUAUAACUGAAAAUGAAAAUAAAGUGUCAAAAUCCAAAGAGGCACCAAAUGUAAAACGAGAUGUAAAAGACACAGACAAUAAAAGCCCACCAUCGGGAAGGCCGAGUGUAGUGAAGAGUAAUAACACAGCAGCGAAAGAUUAUGAACAUUUGGGAAACGUAAAAGCUGGUGUGCUUAACAUGAAGCUGUUGUUUGAAAAUAAAGAGAGUGACAGUGAUUCAUCGCGCCAAAGUUCACCUCGCGGGAACGCAGUUAGUGAGUCUGCAGGGCGUGCAAAGACAUCAAACAUCAAAACCUGACAUACUGGGGGAAUUGGUUGUGAUUUCAACAAACAUUCGCGUAAGAAAUGUUCAAUAUAAAAUAUUGUUGACUGUUAUGUAUUACGUUAACGUGAUAUAUACUUUUGAUUUUGAUUUUAAGAUAAAAACUGAAACACGGAAAUGUGCUGUAUGGCUUCUUGACAAUCAUGCAAAUAAAAUACAGUCAUCCAUUAACUGACUUUAACAAGUAACUUAUAAAGUACUUGAAAUUGAUGUAUUUGCAUAAAUCGAUAUCGGGCUCAUUUUGAAGUCAAUAUAUUUCAAUAAUAAACAGUAAUGUAGUAUAUUUUUACUUAAAACUCUUUUCAGUACUUACACUUGUUAUUGCAUGAUGUAGAUUGUCGUUAGAUAUGAUAUGUAACAUGUGCAUUUAUUUUAACUAAUAUACAUGUACUCAUGUUAUGCUUUAUUAUUUGUAAAAUAUUGUAUUUAAGUACGGGUAUGCAAGUGUAGACAACGAGCGUUAUUUGGAAUGAAUCAUAUGCAGUUAA